GUCUGAAUGUGUCAUUAUUCAUUUAUGUUGAACAGAGAUCCUCUAAGUUCAGCACUACAAAUGUAAAUGUAAAGACAAAGUCCUAUUUAUCUUUUACGUUAGUAUAAAAGAAGAUUUUUCUUUGUUUUAUAUUACGAUCCUCCUAUAUUAACUCCUCUCAUGACAGAGACACUUAUUGUCCCAGCAGUCAUCCUGUUUUCAGGAUUAAAAUGUUAUGAAACAACUUUAAUAUCAUGAAAAUGAAAAAGUUUUAUUUCCAGUCCUCAAACAGUUGAAGAGCAUAUGUUGCAGCUAUGAAGACAGCGGACACCAGGGCUUGAGUCUUCAAUGACGCUGACUUUAUUCUUUACCAAAAACAAUUACAGUCACCAAGCACAUUAACUUGUCCAGGUCACCAAAGCGAGACCUCGCCGCUGCUUCUCCGGUCUUUUUCGCGCCGAGCCGCGUAACCAUGGCAACCCGAGCAAAAACACCUCUUCUUCGUCGGUUCUCUCCGACCCGUGCUCUCUGGUGCAACCUGGUGGCUAAAACAGAGAACUGCACGCAACCAUGUACAGCAUUCAACACAUCAGAUAAACAUGUCACUUCACCUCUUCCCUGCAGAACAUGAAAUUAACAGUUGUAAACAAAGAAAUUAUGGUGUCCCCCUUUUAACCAUAACAGUGAAUCGUCACACAUAGAAACACACUGAAGUGUGUUUGAUCGUGUUUUGAUUCUUUAAACAGCUAAAAACAUCAGAAACAGUCACAACAGUUUGAUGUUUCUCGUGUAACUGGAGUUCUUUAACUUUCACCAGGUGAAGAUUUAAAUCAGAUCAAACUGGCUCCACCUGCAGCUGCAGCAGGAAGAUGCUGCUUCAGUCACAGUUACAGUCAAAUAACUGGACCAGAACACAAACUUACCUGGUCCUAAUCAAUAACACUGGAUCAGAGGACUGAUCUGCUGCAGUGUGAAGCUGGAGGAGUUAUUUCUGUCCUCUCAUGACUGCAGCAGUAAACACUGUGACUGUAUCAAGUUCAUUGACUAUAAAUAACUAUAACAGCUGAAACUCUGAGGAAGAAGUUCUGUGAGGUUCGUCCUCCACCUUCAUCUUCACCAUGAGAACAUCUGUGGAUCUUUGUUUCUGUCUGCUGGUUCUGUGUGGACUAACUUCUGUACUGUACGGUGUCGAAGUGUUCGUGGAAGAAGACAGUGAUGCUGUUUUACCCUGUUUGAUCAGCACAGAGGACCUCACAGGAAAGAUCUUUGACUGGAAGAAAGAUGGUCAGAAGGAGGUGUUCAUAUAUCGUUCAGGCCUUCAUUCCAAUAACGGCUUCCCAGGUCAAGAUGAGCAGUUCAAAGGUCGAGUCUCACAUUUUCAAGAUCAGCUGAAGAACGGCAACGCCUCCAUAAAGAUCCAGAAUACAAAGAUGGCCGACAGCGGGAGCUACAGAUGUUUGUUUCCACUUCUUGAACCGAGACAAACCUUCUACAUUGAGCUUGUUGUUGGACGGAGCCUGACGGACCAAUCAGCAGAAACCACAGAGAACCCGUCCACCAAAGCGGUCGCUGGAUUGUUGUUUGGAGGAAUCAUUAUAGGAGCUUUUGUUCUCGCUGCAGUUCAGGCUCUGCUUGUAGCUACAAAGCGCAUCACAGUCACCUGUAAUCAAGCCACGACUCCACAUGACAUGAAGCAGGAUCAUGACUGCAGAGCGUCAGAGGACCGAGCUGAUACUGAGCCGACACCGAGCAGUUUUCGUGAGUGGAUAAUGAUUUCUUGUGAUGAUCUGCAGAUACGAUCCACGACUCCACAUGACAUGAAGCAGGAUCAUGACUGCAGAGCGUCAGAGGACCGAGCUGAUACUGAGCUGACAGAGAGAAAUGGUCGUGACCCAGGAGAUGAAGAAGGUCCACUUGGCUGCAACGUUUCCUAGAAAUGUGAAACGUCUUCAAGAAACUGAAACAAGUCCACUUGCCUACAACACAACAGUCAGGACACCAGCGUGACAUCUGUGUUAAUUUCUCAGGAUUAUUGAGGAUCUUGAUGAAAACACAUCAGGUGUAUUUAUGCAGCUGGUAUCUGUGAGUGAGGACAGAUGAAGGAGACUGUUGAGCCUCGGUGGAGGAACACACUCUCACACAGAUAAAACUAGAACUGAUAAGAAAUGCUUUGACUUCAAAGUACCUUGUUUCAUUUCCCAACUGAUUAUAUUCAGAAUAAUAGCUGAUUUUCUAACUUGAUGCUCCUUUUGGAGUUGUUAUAGUCCAACACAAAUCAUCACUGUUUGUAUAUAUGUGUAUAUAUUUGUGUAUUCUUGCAGAAAUAAUGUGUUGCACUGUAGAUGUAAAAUAAGAAGUUAUAGUUUAACUUCCAGCUGCAGCUGUAACACGAGCUGCAACGUGAAAAUGUUCCUGAAUGAAGCUGCAUGUAUGUGAACAGCGAAAAUCUCUGGUGGUGCUUUAAAAGUCAAUCAGUCAUUUACUGUCAGUACAGGAGGAUUUUGGUUUAUUUUAUUUCGAAGUUGUUGUGUUUUUAUUAUUUGUGUUG